AUGAACGGCUUGCUGAAGAAACAGAUGAGUGCGCCGCCCACGAGCAGCAUGCCGGCGCCCUUUGAAGCCGAUGCGUGCUCGCCGUCUUCAGCGGCAUCUUCCUCGGCGGCAGCCUCCAGAUCCUCCUCCUUGUCCACCUCUGGCAGCUUGUAG